UCUUCGCACAUGGAAUUGCGAAUCAGUUGCGCUUUUGCGCUCAAGCCAGCCGAGCUCACGGACGCGCGAGAACAGAGCAGCCGCCGCUCUCCAGUGCGCACGGGCUGAGGACUGUAUUCCGACACCCCACUGCAGAGCUCUCAUCUUUAUAAGUUGGCUUUUUAAUUCCGUUUCUUCAGGAAGACUGAUCUCUCCUUUACGCGAUGGAGAAGAUGUCUCGACCUCUUUCUAUAAACCCAACUUUCCUACCUCCGACCCACGGCGUCCUGAAAUCCCUGCUGGAGAACCCCAUGAAGCUGCCCUUCCAUCACGACGAAGGUAAAGGGUUUGGGAAAGAGAAAGAGAAGGAGAAGAAGUUGGAAGAUGAUGGAAAUGCCAUCAACACUCCUCAAUCUGCCUUCUUGGGCCCGACGCUGUGGGACAAGACCCUGUCAUAUGAUGGCGACAACUUCCAGCUGGAGUAUAUGGAUUUAGAGGAGUUUCUGUUGGAGAACAAUAUUCCAGCCAACCCUGGGAGCGAGCAGAGCCAGCCUUCCCAGCAGCCCCUGCAGCAGCAGCAGCAGCAGCCGCCCUCCGCCCCGCCCACGCCUUCGGUGGUGGAUCUCAGUAACCGGACAGCCACGUCUGUUCACUCCGGCAUCGUGGGCCAGAACUGCCUCCAGAGUCCCAGCAGAGCAGUUCUCCCUUCGCGUGACACACCCAGUCCCAUAGAUCCAGACUCCAUCCAGGUUCCGGUCAGGUACGAGCCUGACCCCGCCGACCUCGCCCUCUCCAGCGUCCCGGGACAAGAAAUCUUCGACCCACGCAAGCGCAAAUUCUCAGCAGAGGAGCUGAAGCCGCAGCCCAUGAUCAAGAAGGCGCGCAAGGUCUUCAUUCCAGAUGACAUGAAGGACGACAGAUACUGGGCACGGCGCAGAAAGAACAACUUCGCAGCCAAACGCUCCCGGGACGCUCGUCGGCUGAAAGAGAACCAGAUCGCCAUCCGCGCGGGAUUCCUGGAGAAAGAAAACACGGCGCUCAGACAGGAAGUGGCCGACCUGCGGAAGGAACUCGGCCGCUGUAAGAACAUUCUGGCCAAAUACGAGGCGCGACACGGCCCUCUGUGAGCCCCUCCCACCCCACACAAACCCCGCCCUCCUCCACAAACGCCCCGCCCACCACCAUCCCCAAGGGACUUCUGCGUGCCUCUUUAAGAGGCGACAAAUUCUCCUCUCCUUUUUUUCACGUUUCUCUUUUCACUUUUCUCUUUACAAACCCAGUUUGCAUUCUUUAGUUGAUUUUGUAUUUCGUGCGUGUUUUUCCUCUUGUGUAGUUUCACACAUUCACUUUUCUCGCUUUCCUUUCAUUUGUUCCAUUCGUCCGUUUAGUCCUUCACCAACGAUGGAUCGUUUGUCUGGAAAUGGUUUUCUCUGGAGUGUUUUGUACACCUGUAACACGGACUGAUAAAUAUUUUCCUCGCCGCUCACCCUCCUGUCUGUCAAUCAACCGCUCGACCCACCCCCUUUUCCCGGAGGCUCCACCCACUUCCUGAUGCCCGAGCUUCUUUUUGUGUAUAUUAAUGUAUUUUAGUUGAAUAGCUGUAACGCACCGACACCUUUUGUUCUGUGAAGCGUGUAAAACACUAGCUAGCAUCAGAACAUGAUGUUUGUUUUGUUCUUUUCCUGUUCUAUGUGUUUUGUCUGUUUUAUUUUACCAUUUCUUUUAAACCAACACCAGCGUAGUUUUUGGCGUCUUUCCCACAUUGUCCAUGGAGCAAUAAGCCUGAAUCUCUUCAGAGGGCAAAACACAUGAAAUGUAAGCUAGCCUGUAUCAUAGCGCCAUCAUUUCCGCUGUAGUGCGGAAACUUUCCCUUCGAAACUUUCCUUCCACAAAUGCUGAAUCCGUAUAUGUCUUUCUGUCUCGCUCUAACUCCCUGCACUAAUGCGUGUUUCACAAUCUGAUCUGGUGCAAUGUUUCUACCUACACUAUAUUCUGCCUGAUAUAUUUAUGGACUUUUGUUGUUUUUGUUUUUUGAAUGGAAGAAAUUUUUUCAAAAUUAUUCAGUUGUUAAUUACUACUAUUGUUGUAGCUGUUCUUAUUGUUAUGGCUGUAUAGUAAUUUUUCCUGAUUGUUUAAUGUUUCAUUGGAUAUUUCAGCAUGACUUUUGUUUCAGAGCUGCGGCCUAAAUCUAAUUGUAAAUGGGUCUUUUUAUUUUCUUUUUUUUCCCCUUCAUUUUUAGGAUGGAUGAUUAUUCAAUCCUGUCUUUUUAUUUUUAUUUGUUUUUUUACCCAGAGCAUGUAUUAGAAUAUUAGUCUGCACUAGCAGAUAUUUGUAAUGAUUUAUUUUCUUUCUUUUAGUUUUGUAGCUUCGCGUUUCUGUCGGGUGUAUGACUGCAAUGAAUGUGUUUUAAGAGGUUUUGAGGCGUUCGUUGAGCAGGACGGUGUUGUCUCUAAUACUGUGGUUGAAAUCAGUUUUUUACUGCAGACCAAAAGAUACAGCACACAGAUUUAUUGAUAAAACAGAGUUGAUAUAUAUAUAUAUAUAUAUAUAUGAAAUCUAUUCUAAGUUGCUUUUUUUGUACAGUAUUUUUCCUAUAUAAUACCCUCUGAAUAUUUUCAAGGCACAACAAAACCAGAAAUAUAUGAUAGCUUACAUAUAUAUCUAUUAUUCAGAGCUAAGUGACAUAGUGUUUUGAUAUAUUAUAAAGAAUAUAACUGGGAGUUAAUGCGAAACCCGCCAUCAUUUCCUCUAUUUUGGGCAUUAAAAACCUUCUGCACCCUCAUAUUCAAAUAGCCUUUAGUAUUCUGUCUCAGGGAACGCUAGCAGCCGGACCUCGAACCAUAACUCCUAAUAAAUAUGAAAUAUAUAUAUAUCUUAUAUUUAUAGCAGUGUUCUGUACAUCAGUAUCUUUUUUCCUAUAGAAAGGAGCUGCAAUUCCUCAGUCUUAACUCACACUCUUGAUGCUGUGUUCAUUACAGAGCAUUUUACAGUAUUGCUAUUGGUUCUUUGAAUGGAAAUCUAAAGGCUAUGCUUUUUUAGACUCUAUAAUGGAGUCAGCAGAGUGUUGAUAUUGAAUGUUAAGUGCGGCAGCUCUGAGAGCUUUUGCUUGGUUGAAUGUUAGAAAAGUCUUGCUGUCGAAGGAGUCACUGGGUUUGAGUACAAGGUUUCGUAAGAGUUUCUGAGAUCAGUUUUUAUUCUGUUUAUUCUAUUAGAAAUUAACAGGGUUUAAAUCCAGGACUUCUGAUCUCAGGUCAGAAGUUGUGUUUGAUGCGCUGGUAACCUUUUUAAAGUCCUGGUCUGCCCCAGUUCAGGCCAAAGUUGAGAGGUGCACAGAUUUGUAUUAUCGAAGAUUGAUGGGGCAGAAAUGUUUCAUUUAAUUUCCCUUGAUUUUAUUCCUUGUGUCUGUUUGUUUGUGGCAUAAAUGCAGAUGUGAGAUGUGUGUAUAAAGCCCUGUGUAGACUGUUUCUAUCUGUGCAAAACUGAAAUAAAUCCAGGAUUAAGCCAAA